GAGGUGCGGGUGCUGCCCAUCGUGCGCUACAAGGAGCUGGCCGAAUUCGUCACCUUCCAUUACCGGAAGCUGUGCGCCUGGCUGGAGCCCGCCAUCGCCGUGCGGCACAAGGAGGAGCUGGCCGGAGCCUUGGUCCACGUCUUGCAGGGCACCGGGAAGGCCAAGUCGUUCCUCAUCGACCUCGGCGUGGCCGAGCUGGACCGCUUCGAUGACCGCGAGGCGCUGAUAUUCCGCGAGAACACGCUGGCCACCAAAGCCAUUGACGAGUACAUGAAGCUGGUGGGGGGCAAGUACCUCCAGGACACGCUGGGUGAGGCCGUGGCCCAGCUCUGCUCCUCGGAUGGCAGCUGCGAGGUAGACCCCAGCAAAUGCUGCGGCCUGGACCUCCCUGACAACCAGAACAACCUGCGGAGGGUCUGUGAGGAGACCUUCCAGUGCAUCGCCACGUCCUGCGACUCCUUCCCGGUGGAGCUGGGCCACAUCUUCUCGGCGUGGCAGGAGGAGUGCGCGGCGCGGGGCAAGGCGUCCAUCGGGCAGCGUCUGGUCUCGGCCUCCCUCUUCCUGCGGUUCCUCUGCCCCGCCAUCAUGUCCCCAAGCCUCUUCGGCCUUGUCCAGGAGUACCCCAGUGAGGCCACUGCCCGGACUCUCACCCUGGUGGCCAAGGUCAUCCAGAACUUGGCCAACUUCACCACGUUUGGCGAGAAGGAGGCCUACAUGGGCUUCAUGAAUGAGUUCCUGGAGCACAACUGGAGCAUCAUGACGGACUUCCUGCAGAGCGUGGCCAACCCUGAGAGCAGCGUCCACAUGGCCACCUACGACGGUUACGUGGACCUGGCCCUGGAGCUCGCCACUCUCCACCUCCUGCUCUGUGACAUCUUCUCCAGCCUGGAUCAGGCCACGCAGGAGAAGCUGGAGCCCCUGCCCACCAUCCUCACCGCCAUCAAGGAGGGGACCCCUGUCCCUGUCUCCGUCCAGCUCAGCUCCACCUCAGAGCAAAGCAGAGAGCUUCAAACCAGGCUUCGUGCCACCACGGGACCUGAGCAAGCACAGCCCCCUCAUCAAGAGCCAAUCCCUCACCAGCAUCCGCCGCGGCCGGGGCCCAGAACCGGAGCCACCGGCACCGGCGCCAGCAAAGCCACCCGGCGCCUCCGCAAGCAGAGCAGCACCGAGCACGUGGCUGAGCCAGCAUCUGAGGACAACCCGGAGUCUCUCGUCUCCCGCGAUGCCCUGGCUCGUGGGAAGCUGCGGUCGUCGGCGUCGGUGCGGCGCAAGUCAACGGUGCCAUGGCUGCGCUACGCGGAGGAGGCGGUGGCGGCGCAGGGCGAGCUCUACGCCAUCCGUCCCUUGGAGAAGCACGGGUGGUUGAUCGAGGCGCUGCGGAAGGAGGUGGCAGAGAACCGGGAGAGGCAGCUGGAGGAGGUGAACGCCUGUGCGGCCAAUUUGGGAGCCAGGUUGACAGCUGCUGAAGGCACCAGGAAGAAAGAUCUAGAGCGGCUGAAGAGCAGCGAGGAGAAGAGCCGGGAGCUGGAGCGGCGACUGUCAGCGCUGGAGAGGGAGCAGGCGGAGCUGCGGGGCGCCAUGGCCCAAAUCCUGGGCCACCACGGGAGGAUGGGACGCCGGAAGGGUUGGGACGAGAGUGGUGACGAUGCUCAGGCCACCAGUGUGUGA